AUGCCUUCAAUCGCGGCGGCAGAAGCACUCCAAGAACUCCAGCAACAACUUCCUAAGAACCUAAAGCCUGGCGAAUCAACAGAAGCCUACAAGGAUAGGGAUCACGUGGCUUAUGCACUCUCGCAACUUCCGUUAGGCACUCGAAGGCCGCUGAAAGUCGUUGCUGUCGGAGCAGGGUUCAGCGGACUUUCCAUAGCUCGAGAGGUGGAGGUAGGCAGCCUGCAGAACGUGUCCUUGACCGUGUUCGAGAAGAAUGCUUCGGUGGGUGGAACUUGGUACGAGAACAGAUAUCCAGGAUGCGCUUGCGACAUUCCUAUUCAUAACUACCAGUUCUCAUGGGCUCCUUAUCCACACUUUCCUAGCUACUACGCGGCAGGCGAAGCUAUCCAUCAGUACAUGGAAGACGUUGCGGAUCAGCACAAUCUCCGAAAGUAUAUAAAGACAUCACACAAAGUCAUCGGGGCUAAGUGGAUUGAAGAACGCCAGAAAUGGCAAGUACAGGUGGUGGAAACUGAUGGCAGAGAUCUAAUGGUCAGCAACCGCGAGACAAAAGAAGGGGAGAAAGGUGCCCCCUUUAUAGAAGAAUGUGAUGUUUUCUUGAACGCAACGGGUUGCUUUAACGACUGGAAAUGGCCCAAUAUCGCCGGUCGCGAAAAAUACCGAGGCGAGCUGCUUCACUCGGCGUCCUGGCCAAAGAGCACAAACCUGGCUGGAAAGACUGUAGCAUUAAUCGGAAACGGAAGCACCGGAGUCCAAAUCCUACCCGCAAUUCUAGACCAGGUAGAGAAAGUCUACGUCUUCAUCCGAAGUAGAACAUGGAUAACUGCAGGCUUCGCUCAAAAGUAUGCCGGUCCGAAUGGCACCAACGUCGUGUUCUCAGAGGAACAAAAGAAGAGAUGGGAAGAAAAUCCGGACGAGUACCUCGAAUACCGAAAGGCGAUAGAAUUGGAACUUAACUCGCGGUUCAGAUUAUAUCUUAAGGACUCGCCUGAGCAAAAAGAAGCUCUAGACUUCUCGAUCAACCAAAUGGCGGAGAAACUCGCGGUGAAGCCAGAGAUAAUAGAGAAGCUUGUACCAGACUUUGCAGUAGGGUUCGUGCCACCAUUUUCAACCCCCCAUUCUUCUCCGCGACACCCAACUAGGAAAUAUUGGAAGAUACUAAUAUGCGCAGAUGCCGCCGAGCGACCCCGGGUUGAAAUCGUCUGGGGAGAGAUUGGUUCAUUUGAGGAGACCGGACUCACGUCGAAAUCUGGAGCCUUAUAUGCUGUUGACACGAUUAUCUGCGCGACCGGGUUCAAUAUGAGCUUUUCUCCCAGAUUUCCAACGAUUGGGCAAAACGGAGUCGAUCUCCAGAAGAAGUGGGACAUCAGCCCAGAGUGCUACCUCUCUGUCACGGCGGCUGAUAUGCCGAAUUACUUCAUUUAUCUCGGACCAGGGAGCCCGAUUGGCCAUGGAAGCGUCGUGACAGCGCUCCAGAGGGUGACCCAGUACAUUGUGAAGUUCAUCACCAAGUUACAGGUGCAGAACUACAGCUCGGUGGUACCGAAACCACAUAUACCAAGGGCAUACCAGAAGCAUGCGUUGGCAUGGCUGGAGAAGACCUCGUGGAGCAGUCAUUGCGUUAGCACGUACAAAAAUGGCAAGCAGGACGGGGAUCUGAUUUCCCUUCACCCUGGUUCCCGACUCCACUACUUCUACCUACUAGACAACCCUCGCUUCGAAGAUUUCGACUGGAAGAGUCUGUGCGAUGAUCCGGAUUUGACGUUCGCUUGGCUGGGCAAUGGCUUCAUUUUCGAUGAGAGUCAAAGUGAGAUAUCGGCGGAUCUCACAUGGUACUUGGAGCCUGUAGAGAAAGAAAAGCACAUUAAGGCGACCAAAGAGACUCCUCAGGAGAUCCCUCGUACUGGAGCAAAGCUAUGACAAAGGCAAAGGAAUGGUCGACAAUAACGGCAGGUAGGAAGGUGGAAGCAGUCAUCGUGUCGAUAUCGGCGAUUUAAGUACCUAGGUAGUACAAGGAGGGGCACAGGCCUUGGCUACAGCCAUGGCCGCCCGACUGGUGCCACGUCUUCGCAGAAGGCUGCUGCCUGUUUCUCGACGAAAUAAGAGACAU